CCUCAACGCACUCUCUUCUCUCUCUUGCACACACUGUGAGGAGUUGCAGAGGAACAAUAAAAUAGCAGACAGAGGAGCCAGAGCCGAUCUUUAGAAGGCGAUUCUCUUGUUAAAAUUCGAACUUGCAUUUCCCCUUUCAAGUAAGCAAGAGCCGCGUAGAGCCGCUUCUGUUUUGCACAAAUACUUUCCAUAUAUCCAAUUCUCCAAAUACUCUGGUUCUUGUGGCGGUCUUUCAAAUCACUUUAUUUCCGCUUCUUUGUUUGCGGAAAAUGGAUAUUUAACUUAUCAGUUGCUUACAGCAAGGGCAACUUUCUUGUUUUUUCUUUUCUUUAUAGUAAGUUACCAACUAGAGCGAUCUAUGGAAAUUUUGCAGGAUUUCUUCUGAGAUGUUAUAAGAAAUAGAAAUGCACAGUACUUUUCUUGAGGAAUAGGUCAAAGAAAUCACCUUUUUUUUCGAGCCGGUGCCUCUGUUACUCCUGAUCUUCUUCUAUAACCAAGGAAAUCUCCUCAAAAUAUAUUCACAGGAACAGAGCAUUUUAGUCUGAACUCUGAAACAAUGGUUUUCGUCAAAUAUCUACUCAAUUCUAGUUCAUGUUUGUAAUUCCAGUUCUUUUUGGACAUUUUACGCUCUGUUUUCUGCUUAUCAAGCUUUAAUGGAAGAGGAGCUCUCUUAAGUCAAAUCCCGAUCGAGUUUUCCUUACCUAUUUCUUCUCCAUUCUCUCUCUAAAUCUGUACAGAAGCAGAGCUUCCUCCGAAGUUUGUAUGGACAAUAGCUUUUUCGAGAUGGAUUCCAUUAAAGCUGAGAAAGCAAGCGCCAUGACUAAAUACAAAAGGAUCCAAAAGAUCGGCACUUUUUUCCGGUUCCUCGAGGUUUUUGUUGUCCUCGCCCUUUUUUCCUGGUUCUCCUCGUCGCUCCCAAUCGCCGCCAGAAUCGCCGUUUCCUACUUCCGUUACCUCUGCCUCGUUGCGGUUAGUCCCACCUUCGUCUUCAUCCUCGGUAACGCCAUCGUUAUAACGUUAGUUGCAAAGUCGGGGCACUUCGGUCCUCGAGCUUCUUCCAAUUCGUGCCCCGAUAUAUACGACGAGUUCGUGACUCGCAGCGAAAGUCGCCGAUUCAGAGACCCUCAACAAGGAGACAAUCGCCGAGUUAUUGAUGAGAGUAGCCCAGCUAUUGAGGCCGUGCCGGGGGAGAUCGUAUACGAGGACAAGGCCGUAUGCGAGGAGAAACUGACAAGCCAUCCUUGUACGGAUAAGCACACGGAUUCGGAUAAGCAGGGGUUAGUGUAUAGGAGGAGUCGGUCAGAGAAGACGCCGGAAGAGGGGGGAAACGGACGGAAAAGUGGCUUGAAGUUGCAGAGAUCGGAGACCGAGAUCUUAAAAGGGGAGAAACCCUUUGGGCGACGCGUGGAUGGCUCUGAUUUUGACAAGUAUUCACAAGAAGAGUUCAAACUCACCAUUGAUACUUUCAUAGCAGAAAAGCUGAGGAUUCAAAGGGAGGAGUCCAUGGCUAUGGUUCUAAAGAACGUGAUAUGAAAGAGAGAGAGAUCGUAACAAUAAUAAGACACGAUAUUUGAGGUUUUUUGUUUUCUUUAUGUCACUAAUAUUGCAGAGAAAUGGGUUUUGGUUCUGUGUUUUGUCUAGUAGUUUCUCACUCUUCUCUUUUGUUUUCCGUUUUGGUAAUGCAAUGUACAAAAUGCUGUAUCUGUACAGAUUAGUUAAUAACAUGGGUACAAGAAGCUCAAGGAGCCAUGAGUUUUCCUUAUCUU